AUGCCUCAUUGGAGCUCCACCUCCUUCUAUGCCGGUGCAGUGGCGGCAAGCUUGGCUUUUCUGGCGUGGUACUUCUACAGGAAGAGGUGCUCAGUGACCGAGGUGGACGUGGUGCCGCCUACUCAGCCGUUCCAAGUCCCUGGCGGCGUGGGUCUGCACCAGCGGGCGGUGCUGCAGCACGUGGUGCCACCAGCCGCCAUCAACAUUACCUGGGCAGACGUGGCGGGCUUGGAUGACCUGGUAGCCCUCAUCAGACGUCAAGUGAUCUAUCCGAUGCGUAGCACUCUCACGAAGCGAGACCCCCUCACCCUGCCGCCCAAGGGCGUACUGCUACAUGGGCCGCCGGGGUGUGGCAAGACCAUGAUCGCCAAGGCCAUCGCCAAGGACAUCAAUGCCGUCUUCAUUAAUUUUGAUGUCUCUAGCAUCAAGAAUAAAUUCGUGGGCGAGACAGAAAAAAUGACGGCAGCGCUGUUCUCCACAGCGAACCGUCUGCAGCCGGCAGUUAUUUUCGUUGAUGAGGUAGAUGCCUUCUUGGGAACGCGCCGCGAGGUGGACUUUGGUACGGAGGUCACGAUGAAGGCCCAGUUCUUGACGCUGUGGGACGGCCUGACGACUGACCUAACCGCUCGUGUGCUGGUGCUGGCCGCCACCAACCGGCGUGAAGCCAUCGACCCGGCAAUCCUUCGCCGUCUGCCUGUUCAAUUUGAAUUUCCGUUUCCCGACAGAAACCAGCGCCGCAAAAUCCUCUCCGUCACCUUACGGCAAUCUCAAUUAGGACCCGACGUAGAUCUGGAUAUCUUGGCUGAGAAGUGUGAGGGCUUCUCUGGCUCUGACCUGUACGAGCUGUGUCGGUAUGCGGCCAUCACCCGGCUUGUCCGCCAGGCUGAGGGAUGCUCGUGCUCCAACAGCUACUGCUCGGCGAGAGAGAAUGAUUCCCUCGGCCCUCUCACAAUGGAGGACUUUCUGGACGCCUUCAACAACGCUAGAGACAUGGGCGAGGCCAGAAAUCCACCAAGUAACCUUUACAUGUAA